AUGAAGUACAGCGCAGUGUUGGUGGCCGCGCUUGCUGCCAUAGCAGAUGCUACCAUCCCCAUUCCCAAGGGCGGAGUUCCUGGCCAACCUAUCCAGGAGAGCGGAAAGGGAGCUGUCUUUUCUGGUGGUACCAACAAUCAGCUUGACCUCCAGAAUCCAAGCAAUAUCGGCGGUCAGCCAGCUACUGAUAAUGGUCUUGUUCCCAACAUGAAAUGGAGUUUCUCCCUAUCCAAGACACGAAUGUUGUAUGGCGGUUGGAUCCGUGAGCAGGUCAUUCAGGAUCUACCAACCAGUCAUGACAUCGCGGGUGCCCAGGUCCAUUUGAUCAAGGGUGGUAUCCGACAGAUGCACUGGCACAGAGUUGCUGAAUGGGCCUACAUCUACGCUGGUUCAUUCCUAAUAUCUGCCGUCACUGAGGAUGGCCAGUUCCAGCUUGACAAGCUUGGAGUUGGUGACAUGUACUACUUCCCCAAGGGAGCUGCUCACUCUCUCCAGGGUCUCGAGGACGAGAACGAGAUUUUACUGAUUUUCGAUGACGGUGACUUCGACCGUGUCGGAACCACCUUCAUGGUUGCCGACUGGAUUUCGCACACACCAAAGGACGUUCUGGCCAAGAACUUCGGUGUCCCACCCAGUACCUUUGACAAGACCUACAACCCCGACCUCGCCCUCAUCAACUCCACCAUUAGCACCAAAACUGUCGAAGGUGGCAAUGGCGCUCUCACUGGCAACAGCUCCUACACCUUCCACAUCUCCAAUGCUCCAGAGAUCCAGGUUCCCGGUGGUGGUGGUACUAUCCAAGUGGUUGACUCUAAGAACUUCCCUGUCUCCAAGACCAUUGCUUGUGCUGUCGUCCGCCUAAAGCCUGGUGGCAUGCGCGAGCUUCACUGGCACCCAACUGCUGAGGAGUGGCUCUACUUCCACAGCGGAAAUGCCCGUGCUACUGUCUAUAUCGGUGGUGGUCUUGCCCGAACCUUCGACUUCACCGCUGGUGAUGCCGGUGUUUUCCCAGACAACUCUGGCCAUUAUAUCGAGAACACCUCCGAGACCGAGGAGCUUAUCUACCUUGAGCUCUAUAAGGCCGACCGUGUCGCUGACGUCUCCCUCAGCCAAUGGCUCGCCCUUACCCCUUCAGACAUCGCUGCUGCCGCCAUCAAUGUACCAAUUGAGGUCAUUGAGCAGAUCAAGAAGGAAAAGCAGUACAUCGUUUCCUAA